AUGAACGGAACCCUUGUUGACAACAGAUUCAAAGUAACUCACUUCGCCGGAGACUGGCACGGCGAAAAGUGUUAUUACGCAGAGGAUUUGAAAGACGGCCAGCCUGUGAUGCUGAAAGUCUUCUCCCCUACCGAUUCUCGCAUUCAAGCCCACAUUCAACUCCUCACGGAAUGCGCUGGAACAAAGGGAAUUCCACAUCUCGUUGCUCGCUUCCAAUUGCUGGACCACGAAUUCAUUGCGCAUGAUCACAAAGGCGUUCGCUUUGCCAGAAUCCUCAACGACCGAUUCUUCAGGAUUUCUAAAGAAAACACUACUCGUGUCGGGACUCGUCUUCUCCGGAUUCUACACGCGAUGCACAUGAAAGGAUUCGUCCAUCGCGACGAGCUGCAAGUUGGAAUGAGCUACUUCGCUCACGCGGGACACAUCGAUACUCCGCCAACCAGCAAGCCAGUUCUGCAAGGACCCUAUCAAAGUUUGAGUGCGACGAACGGAGGAGCGUAUGGUCGCGUUGACGACUACAUUUCCGUAGUCAUCAUCAUGAUGGCUUGCCAGAUGGUGCGUCCUUUAGACUACAACACCAACAACCAUUUGACACAUAUUCAGAAGAAGGAAGUCUUCAAUCCUUAUGAUGCCCUGACACCGGAAACGAUGUGGCUAGGUGACAUCUAUCUGAUGCUCGAGGAAAUGCGUGUAUCCAACUCUUUCCGUCACCUGGAGAUCAUGUGCGCGAUGUCUCGAGCUCAUCCCGGAUUUGAUCCAAACACUCCUAUCACCUACCACUACGAUCAGCAAAACGGUCAUUUAUUGAUUGACUGA